AAUUUCUCUGUUUGUUAUUAACACUAGAAAACUGUAAAGAAAAAGCUCAAAAUGACGACAUACUCAGAUAAAGGCGAAAAGCCAACUGUUGGACGGAUGUUAGCGUUUGAUCACAUCACAUUUUGGGUUGGAAAUGCUAAACAGGCAGCCUCAUAUUAUUGCACUCGAAUGGGUUUUGAGCCCAUGGCAUACAAAGGAUUAGAAACAGGCUCCACAGAAGAAGUAGCUCAUGCUGUGAAACAGGACAAGAUCAUAUUUGUUCUUAAAUCAGCGCUUGUCCCAAACAAUGAGCUCACAGAAACCAUGGGUAAACAUUUGACUCUGCAUGGUGAUGGUGUAAAGGACGUUGCUUUUGAAGUUGAAGAUUGCAUUGGCUUGUAUAAAGUUAGUAUUAAAACUGAGAUUUAUAUUUUUUCCAAGUAUACCGCCAUGAGGACAGUUGUUGUUACAAAUCACGAAGAAACAAUUAAAAUGACCAUCCUUGAACCUGCCAUUGGAAUCAAAAAGAGCCAGGUUCAGGAGUACAUUGAUUAUUAUGGUACAGCAGGAAUACAGCACAUCGCACUGAACACACCAGAUAUUAUAUCAACUGUUGCAAACUUGAAAGAGCGAGGAGUGGUGUUCCUCUCUAUACCAGACACGUAUUAUGACAAUCUGAGGGAAAGGCUGAAGAAAGCUAGCAUUACUGUUAAAGAAGAUCUGGACAUCGUAAGUUGCACUUUAGAAUGA